AGGGUUUUAUGAAUUAAUCGGACGUCCCAUUUUCUCAUCAAUAGAAUCGGACGUCUAAUAUUGAUGUAGACCAUACAAUAUCAACCACACUGUAAUAUCUCCUGUAACAGCGCCAUUCUUCCUCACAUCGACCUCCGUUCCUUUUCUCCAUUCCUCUACGAUGCCAAAAAAGUAAUCUGAUUCUCUCUUUCAAAACCCUAAAAAUUUUUAGAGCAGAUUUAUUUUUUGUAACACAGUCCCGUUUAAGAUCACCUGUUAAGUGAAGUGCAAAAUCUCCGACAAGAGAACAGUUAAUUUUUCGCCAUUGAGGUGUUUUAGGGCUUUUGUUUUUAAGCGAUGUUCUUUUUUCUUUUGGAAGGACGAUGAUAAGCUUCAUUUUUGUCGGUCCUUCAAAAGUCAAAAAAGAAAGAGCUGAUUAAGCCAGAUUAACUAGUCUAGGGUUUCUUCAUGGCAGAAGAUUCGCGGGGCCGUGUUACCAUCACUCUCGGUCGUCGCGGCCAGGUGGUGAAGAGGGCAGGACCUGCAUCAGAUGUUGAUUUUUCUGAUUCUCUGCCUGUUGCUGGAAGUAAGCGGUCUGUAAGAGAUAGGUUAGGAAGCAAUGUAGAUGGUUCCUUGUUGCGUGCAAACCAGCUCAACAACAAAAGACAAAGAGGGGAUGGUCAUACACCAAGCUUGAACACUAAUGGUUUGAAUGAUGUUCACAUUGGUAAAGAUGACCUUCGCUUGAAACUCAUGCAAAAAAAUGUGUUUAGACGGGCUCAGAGUGAUGAUAACCAGAAGGUCAUGGACCUCCGUGAAAAGUUGUCAAGAAUGGGACAGCCUCCACUUAACAGUUAUGAGGCACGGCAGCGAAUGCCUGGUUUGAGGGAGCGAAUGACUCACCCUAGGGAGCAAAUGCCUGAACCAAGGGAGCGAAUGCCUGAAUCGAGGGAAACCAGUAUCUUGGGCGGUAUUCCUUCCACAAGAAGUGCUGAUGAUUUGCCUCGCAUGACCUCAUCAAGAAAUUCUUAUUCUCCUUGGACCUUAGAUCAUUUAAGACAACGAUCACCAGACAGAGUAAUGGGUGUUUCUAGGGGUUUAUCUCCCCCAAGAAAUGCUGCAGAGCUACAGAGAAGGCCACUGAACAGGACAUAUGACGAUGUGAGAGCUGUUCCAUACAUGGGCAAAGAUGUUCUUGAUGCUCCAAGGCCUCUGAGUACAGCAUCUUUUGUUACAAAGUCCACAGUGCCUACCACUUCAGCAAAGCCUAUGCCACCAGGUCACCCAAUUCCUCCUCCAAGCAGCAUUGUACAAAAAAGUUCAUACUCUGGAGAUGAACAACAAACUGUUGAAGGCUUGCUACAUUCACUGGGGUUGGGAAAAUAUGUCAUCCUUUUCAAGGCAGAGGAAGUGGAUAUGACUGCAUUGAAACAGAUGGGGGAAAAUGACCUUAAAGAGCUAGGAAUACCUAUGGGCCCUAGGAAAAAGAUUCUUCUUGCUCUUUUGUCCCGUACCAAAAGGCAACCAUGAUUAUUUGUUCAUUUCGUAUGAUGUGGUGCUCAUGUUAGUGAAUCCUGUCUAAGUAAAACCAUUGUAUCUCUCUUUUUGGGUUAGAAAGUGACCCAUAAAUCAGUUGUCACGUUUUUGAAUCUAAUGCUGAUUAAUAUUCAUAGAUGGUGGAAAGAAAUUUUGAGUUGUUUUUGAUUUCAUGUUACCUGCUUUUAAUUCUUUCCAGCCAGAACCAUAUGGGUGUGUGAUCAAAUUCAACUGUCUUCACUAGAAAGAAUAUUCUUGCAAAUGAUUGCAAUCUGGAAUCUGAAAUGUUCUGAUUUGCGGAAAACUCUAGUUUAGAAGCCUGUAUUCUACCUAAUAUAGGUUGCUUGGGGCAGCUAGCUGUUUAGAAUCCUUAUGCAGGAAAUAUCCUUGCCCUUUCCCCUACUUGUACUGUUUUAGAAGCUCCUAUUUUUCUUUAAAAAUAGGCAUGCAUGUCAUGAGGUGCUGGUGACUUUGCUUUAUGAUUUUUAUACGCUUAUCUUUUUCGAAACCAAGGUUCUCUUUACAAGCAAAAGAUCAAGGUUAAGGUACUUGUUCAAACUUGUUCCUGCUGACAUGGGACCCCGUCGUCUAAGCGCCAGGCCCUGGGGCUGUAGAAUUGUGUAAAGGUGGCACUCGGUUUUGCUUCUGGAGAAGAAAGAUGGGCCCUGUAGCCCUUAAGAUGUCAUCUCUAGUGGAAGCAAAUGGUAUCAAAACAAUGUGAUGGGUUAUAAAAGAAGAACAAGCGGGGAAAAUAGAAGUUGCUUCCACCUACCAACAUGAAUGAAGUAAACUACAUGUGGUUUGUGUCCGAAAUAAAACCGUAUGGGCAUAGCCUGACGGCUGAGACUUGGGUUGUUCAGGAUUUCAGCGCAAUGAGUGGGUGGGUCAAUCUGCAAACAGAGAACACACCAGGCUUCUAUUUUGUCAUAUGCACACACUUUGAGCUCUGCAGCCACCAGGAAGCAUCCUGGUUUCCUCGUAAGCUUUACUUUCUACCAUCAAUACCAUGAAUUUGGUUAGUUGAGUUUGUCAAUAAAUUUAUUGUAUUUGGUCAAUAUGUGCUCUUAUAUUCAUUAUGGUGACCCUUAAUGAAUCAGUUAGCUUGAUUUUCCA